AUGGAAUGGAAUCUCAGAAGGAUGGAGAGCGAGCUGAGACAGAUCAAUCCAGACUUGCUGCAGCCCAGCAAGAGCUUUAAGAAGCCCUCGUCGGGCACAAUCACCCUUAAUGUAGGGGGAUACCUAUAUGCAGCGCAACGGCAAACACUAGCCAAGCAUCCUGGCUCUCUACUUGAAGAACUUGUCAGCGGCAAGAAAGCUGUGCAACAUGUUGACGCUAUGGGCAACACGUUCAUUGACCGUGAUGGGCCAGUUUUCCGACACGUUUUGAAUUUCCUCAGGACCGGAGAACUGAUCCUACCGGAUGACUUCAAGGAAGUCACACUGCUGCGGCGCGAGGCUGACUUUUACCGGCUGAGCAAGCUGGCCCAGGCACUGCAGGAGUGGGAGCAGCAACGGGCAGGUCAGCGUGAGCCUGCCUUUCUGGAGGUGACCGACAGCCCUGAGAGGUCACACGGCCUCAAGAUCUACUGCAGCGACACUGCCUUCAUUGAGAAAGUCAAGGCACGCUUGGUGCAGAUCUCCAAGAGUCGCUUAGAUGGCUUUCCUGAAGAGUUUGAGAUCUCAUCCAAUAUCAUCCAGUUCCGGCACUUUAUCAAAUCCGAGCAGGGCUCCCGCUUGGUGCUCAAGGAGGACAGUACCUUUCUGUGCACUCUGGAGACGCUCAAGCUCGAGGCGGUAAUGAUGGCACUCCGAGCGGGCUUUCGGCUGCUCACCUGCCUGGACAGCAGCCGGGGAUCAGUGGUACAAUGCGAAGCUUUGCACUUUGUCAAGUGACCAUACAACCUUUAAAAGCACCCAUCAAGCAUCGUUGAUGUCGCCAUCAGCACAAACUGCACAGAACCUGCACUGCAUUCACAAGACUGUUCUGCAAUUAAUGCUGCUUUUGCAUUCCUCCAGCUCUUAAUCAGCCUCGACAAGGUGUUCUGUACUGUGUUGUUUGUAUCCUAUUAGGGUGUCUGCAGGUAUGGUUAAGUCAAAUGUAACAAUUAUUUUGCAUUUUAAUGCCACAUUAGAUGUAAUUCAGGACCAAACUGAUAUGAUUUGUAAGUAGUAACUUGUGAGUUAAGUAACAAACUGUAAAUCAUAGCUGGCAGAACUCAUUCAAAUCUAUAGAAAUCUUAAAACUCAACCUACACAUUUAAAAAAACAGGGAUUAAAGGACAAGAGCGCUGUGUAAUGCUUGGAUACUUGUAUAUAUGUUAUAUUUUAUUUUAUUUUAUUUUCUCAUGUGUACCAGAAAUACAGUUGUUUGGAUUAAUU